GCCCGGUUGUUGCACAGGCCGGGAAGGAUGUGGCGGCGCCGGCAGCUGCUGGUGGCCGCGCUCUGCCUGCUCUCAGCCGCGGCGAGGGCUCAGUAUGAGCGCUACAGCUUCAGGAGCUUCCCGCGCGACGAGCUGAUGCCCUUGGAGUCCGCCUACCGCUACGGCCUGGACCAGUACACCAACGAGAACUGGCCCGAGAGCGUCAGCUACCUGGAGGUGAGCUUGAGGUUUUACCGCCUCCUGCGGGACAGCGAGGCCUUCUGCCACCUCAACUGCAGCUCCGUGCGCAUGGAGGAGGACGAGAAGGCCAGCGCCGAUAGCCAGGGGCCACUGCCGCCCGACCGCUUCGACGGCUUCCCAGAGCUGCGUUUCUUCGCGGACUUGCUGCGCAGAGCGCAGUGCCUCAAGCGCUGCAAGCAAGGGCUGCCGGCCUUCCGCCAGUCCCAGCCCAGCCGGGAAGUGCUCGAGGAAUUCCAGCGCCGCGAGCCCUACAAGUUCCUGCAGUUCGCCUACUUCAAGGCAAAUAACUUUCCAAAAGCCAUUGCAGCAGCACACACAUUUCUUCUGAAACAUCCUGAUGAUGAGAUGAUGCAAAGGAAUAUGGCAUACUACAAAAGCUUGCCUGAUGCUGAAGACUAUAUUAAAGAUUUAGAAACGAAAUCAUAUGAGAAUUUAUUUGUCCGGGCAGUAAGAGCAUACAAUGGAGAAAACUGGAAGACGUCCAUCACAGAUAUGGAGCUGGCACUGCCCGAUUUCUACAAAGCCUAUGAUGAUUGUAUAGGUGCCUGUGAAGUCUCCCGAGAGAUCACAGAUUUUAAGGAGUUCUACCUGUCUGUAGCAGAUCACUACAUUGAAGUUCUUGAGUGCAAACUGAAGUGUGAACUUGAUCUGACACCUGUCAUAGGAGGCUACGUUGUGGAGAAAUUCGUUGCAACUAUGUACCACUACUUGCAAUUUGCCUAUUAUAAAUUGAAUGAUUUGAAGAAUGCAGCACCGUGCGUUGCCAGCUACAUGCUCUUUGACCAGAAAGACGAAGUCAUGAAACAGAAUCUUGUCUAUUAUCAAUAUCACAAAGACAAGUGGGGACUCACAGAUGAAGACUUCCAGCCUAGACCUGAAGCAGCGCAAUAUUACAACAUAACAACACUUCAGAAAGAAAUGUAUGAAUUCGCAAAAGAGCAUGUGAUGGAUGAUGAUGAAGGUGAAGUAGUAGAAUACCUUGAUGAACUCCUGGAAGUGGAUGGUGGAAUGCAAUGACUCUAAACAAGUGUGAGGGGUAAAGCUCAUGAGUUUUGAGAAGUGAAUUCUCACUCUUGCUCCUUUACAACACUAUGCAUCACCUUUAGCUCAGGUAUUAGAAAUACCUCAGAUCUUUCUUAAGCCCGCUCAGAUGUCAUCUGAAUAAAUCUGCGAGUUCUCCGCUAUGUCACACACCUGGGUUUUCCUUUUUUUCUUUAAUGUGUUUUUUUUAAAUAAAAAUAAGUAUCUUAACUGUUGGGAUUUUUGAAGAACCACCAAGCUUCCUUUUUUUUCAUUCUGCUCAGCAAAUGCAUCAUAGCUUCGGUGAAGCAAAAAUGUGGUUUUAAUAACAAACUCUAUGGGUCUUUGUAAACCACUCUGGGACCCUUUUUGAGCUGAAGAGCAGGGCAAAAAUCAAACAAUCAAAGUUAAUGAGAAAAAAUAGGCACUCUGUAUUUUUGGAAGGAUGCUAUAUUUUUAUACAUACCAGGGUGUGUUUUUUUAAUCUCCAUAAAUGGACAGUUACACCGCAAGUAUUUAGUCUAAAGUAAUUGAAACUCCAGUCCUAUAGACACCUAAGAGUGUUAUUGAACUCAAUGGGACUUACUUCUGAGUCAACAUCUGUUAGAUUGCACUGUAAACUGGUUUUGGUGAGACAUCACUGGAGAAAACAUAUUGAAGGUUGUGAUUUGGCUGGAUCUAAAUGAUGCCAAUAAAUUAAGCAUUUUCUAUUAAGUUCAUUUAGCUGAGGUCUCAGUUAUAUGUCCAAGGUUAGAGAGUGGGACUGGUGAUAUUUUAGGCUUUGAGUAAAAAAGAAAGAAAGAGAAGACCUAAUUCAUUUUCUGCAUACUGUAAUAAAAGUAAAUAUAAUGGAGCCAAAUUUCAGAAAAGUAGCCAGUUUGUGUGUAUGUUUGCUAGAGGCAGGCCUUUGAGAAAUGAAUUUCUGGUUCCUUGUUUCUCGCAAUAUAUCCAAAGUCUGGAUUCAUAGGUUUUGUCCAUGGCAAGUACUAUGAAUUGUGUUCCGUUAGGUUAGGAAUUCAUUAUUAUUUUUCCCACCAGGAUAUAAUCUCAAGUCCUAAAACCCCUUGUGAAGCUAGCAAUAUGGAAUGCACAGCUCAUGAUGGUCCUUGUUAGCUGUGUGGACAUGUGGAGGAUUAGCAGAGUUGGAAGCACCCUGUAUUUCAUGAAUCAGUUGUACAGAAACACUGCAUCUAUCCCCCUAAAUGAGAACUGAUUGGAUAUGCUGGUUUAUUGACGAAUGAGCAAUUUAGGAUUUGCAGUGCAAUCCUGUAUAUGGCUACUAAGAAGUAAGCCCCAUUCAGUUCAAUGGGACUUAUUCCCAGAUAAAUGUGUAUAGGAUUGCAGCCAUAUAGCACCAGUGAUGCAGUUAGAUAAUUUUAGACUCAAUAGUUAAUGAUCUUACAGCUUCCUGUCCUUUGAACUGGUCUGUGACUGUAUAAUAACCUUUGAUUGAUUCAUAGCUUUCUGUCCUCUUUAGAUGAUAAUGGGCAGAAUCCAACUCAACACUAACACUAACAUAAAUUAUGCUAUGCUUGUUGCUGGGGAGGGCAACCUCUGAGCCAGCCUGUGGAUGUGCCCAAACCGGCCCAUGGAGGGUUGGACACUCUGUGGGCCCUGCCCCCUGCUCUCCUCAAGCCCCACCCCCUGACCUGGAGGGUUGGCAAGGGAGAGGAAUCCCCAUAUUAUCUCCAAUCGGAGAUAAAAUAGGGAUUCCCACGCCACUCAUGCUGUAAUUGGGAUGCAGUCUGCAUGAGAAGGCAGCAUCCAACUUGGCCUGCAAGCAUUGCUGAGUCUCUUCCUGUGCUGCUUGUAUCCCAAUUGGGACACAGGUAGCAUGGGCAGGAGGUGCCUGACCCAGUCAUGCAAGGUCCUGCUGAGCCCCUUUCUCCUGACAGAGAAAACUCUGGACCAAAAGCCCACCCCUACACUAGCAUAAGCGAUCUCUAGAGCAAUGCCAAUAAUGCUUGUUGACCCAUUGCACCAGCAAGCAUUGGGAUAGAAUUUGCUUAUGUUAACACAACUUAAUUCAUGUUAGUGGCAGUGUUGAAUUGGAUGCUGCACAAUAUCUAUUACUUCACUUACAUCACUCAGUCUGCCCCCAAAGUCCUGCCCUGACAGCAUCAGUGCACAGUGCAAUCCCAUACACGUCUACUCAGAAGCUCCAUUGACUUUGAUGGCACUUAAACCCAAGUGUGUGUAGGGUUGCAACACCAGUCCUGUCAAAGAUUCUUCAUUUGCAUGACUAGUUCAUCUAAACAUUUUCGUUUAUUUUUGUUGCAUAAGUAAUGGAAAUUACUUAAAGGACCAAAUUCCAUACUCAGGUCCAUUGAAGCAGUUUUCUCUACAGAGACAACAGAAUUUGACUGACUCUCUUCUGCCAUGAUGAUGCGUUACAGCAUCACAUUACAGACUUGUGUUUGUCAUUGUUAUGGUACAAACAGUUAUUUAUUGCAGUUGUGUGAAUUUACUUUGUUCUCUUAAGUACAGAGGCCAUUUGUUACAAAAUUAGCUUUCAUUUCACAGCAGGGUUGCCAGCUUCUUUCCUGGUGUCUAUUUCUCCACCAUUUAGCAGCAGCUUGAUUUGCAGCCAUUAUCUGGUAAUAAGGUUUAUCUCCAUACUGUGAAAGGCUACAGCUUACUGAUUUCUGUUGCUCAAGCUGCUAUAGCCCUUUUUUCCCUAGUUGGCUGACAACCUUAACAGUUCUUCGUAAUGAAAAGCUGAGUACCUGUAGAAGGAAGCUUAGCUUCUGCCCAUUCCCACCCCGCACUUGCAAGAAGACAUAUAUGCUACCUUGAGCUCCUUGGAGGAAAGGCAAAAUAUAAAUCUACUUAAUACUAACAAUUCAGUGAUCUUUCCCUUUGAUCUUUAUGGGGAAAGUCACUGAGAUUUCUAAAGAUAUGCAGAUUUCUUCUAAUUUUGGUUCACAUUUCAAAAUACUCAUGUUCAAAUUGUGCAGCUGCUCAGGUGAAAUGGUACUAUGCCUGUCAUUUUAUUUUUAUAAAUUCUGUUCCUGGCUCUCACUCUCUCAUUCUGUUCUUCCAUUUCAUCUGUAAUCUAGAGACUAUGAGUUAUCUAAAGUAGUAAUGGUGCUUUAGUUUUUGUCGCUGUUCAUUGAGAGGUUGGUGCUAUAUUUUUGUGCCUGGUUCUGAUGUGGACAAUCCAAGUACCACUUUCUGAAACAAUAAAGUGCUUUAAAAAAAAUUCUUCA